AUGCAGGCCCUCACAUGCGCGAUCCGCUCCGCCCUCCGCCGCUCCAGCUCACAAUGGCGUAGCUCAGCCGCAGUAUCCGCUGCAACCGCUGCCAGGCGACAUAAUUCAUCUUCAGCGCCAGCUAAUGCAGAAGUCGUUGAGGCUCUCCAGGAUGCUGGUGACAGCACACAGGAGGCACCUGCGGCACGGCUAGCAGCGGGCUUUCAAGGCGUCAAUACACCCCUUGCCAGCGACAAGUUGCAUCUGCGAGGGUUUCAAAAGCACAAGUUCAUCAGGCCCGCUCAUCUGACCUACAAUAGCCGAGUCUCCACGAGACGUCGUCCCGCGAGGCAUCUCCUCGGGCUCGAUGCAAAGGCGGCUCGCUUGAGUGACUUGUUCCAUCAGCUCAACGUCGACCCGCUGGACGAGUGUACCAACUCGUCGCUGCUCUCCCGUUACGUCACGGAUAUUGGCAAGAUCCAAAGUCGUGCAGUGACAGGCUUGACGUGGAAAAAUCAGCGUCGCCUCGGCAAAUCGAUUCGCCGCGCAAAGAUGAUGGGCAUCAUCCCCGUUCUCAGCAAACGGCCACUCUCGUUGUUCAAUAGGGAGUAUUAA